GGGCGGCCGCGGCGGCGCCUGGCGGCGGCGAGACGCGCGCGAUGGAGGGCGACGACCGGGGCCCGUGGGCUCUGGGGCUGCUGCGCACUUUCGACGCGGACGAGUUCGCGGGCUGGGAGAAGGUCGGCUCGGGCGGCUUCGGGCAGGUGUACAAGGUGCGCCACGUCCACUGGAAGACGUGGCUCGCCAUCAAGUGCUCGCCGAGCCUGCAUGUCGACGACAGGGAGCGUUUGGAGCUUCUGGAAGAAGCCAAGAAGAUGGAGAUGGCCAAGUUCCGCUAUAUCCUGCCUGUGUAUGGCAUUUGCCGGGAGCCCGUUGGCCUGGUCAUGGAGUACAUGGAGACAGGCUCCCUGGAGAAGCUGCUGGCCUCGGAGCCGCUGCCCUGGGACCUACGCUUCCGAAUUGUGCACGAGACUGCAGUGGGCAUGAACUUUCUGCACUGCAUGGCCCCGCCCCUGCUGCACCUGGACCUGAAGCCUGCCAACAUCCUGCUGGAUGCCCACUACCAUGUCAAGAUUUCUGACUUUGGGCUGGCCAAGUGCAAUGGGCUAUCCCAUUCACAUGACCUCAGCAUGGAUGGCCUGUUUGGCACGAUUGCCUACCUCCCACCAGAGCGCAUCCGGGAGAAGAGCCGGCUCUUUGACACCAAGCAUGAUGUAUACAGCUUUGCCAUUGUCAUCUGGGGUGUGCUUACACAGAAGAAGCCGUUUGCAGAGGAGAAAAACAUCCUGCACAUCAUGGUGAAGGUGGUGAAAGGUCACCGUCCCGAGCUGCCACCUGUGUGCAGACCCCGGCCACGUGCCUGUGGAAGCCUGAUCCACCUCAUGCAGAGGUGUUGGCAUGAGGACCCACGGGAGCGGCCCACCUUCCAAGAAAUUACUUCUGAAACCGAAGAUCUGUGUGAAAAACCUGAUGAGGAGAUGAAAGAGCCAACUCAGGAGCUGAGUGGGAAAAGUCCAGCGGAGCCCAAGAGUGAGGCUGGGCCUGGUUCUUCCCGUCUCAAGCGUGCCUCCGCUCCGCCCUUCGAUAAUGACUGCAGCCUCUCUGAGCUGCUCUCGCAGCUGGACUCCGGGAUUUCCCAGACCCUGGAGGGCCCCGAGGAGCUUAGUCGCAGUUCCUCUGAGUGCAAACUCCCGUCGUCCAGCAGCGGCAAACGGCUCUCGGGGGUGUCCUCAGUGGACUCGGCUUUCUCCUCCAGAGGGUCACUGUCACUAUCGUUUGAGCGAGAGCCUUCCACCAGUGAUCUGGGUACCACAGACAUCCAGAAGAGGAAGCUUGUGGAUGCCAUUGUGUCAGGGGACACCAGCAAACUGAUGAAAAUCCUGCAGCCCCAGGAUGUGGACCUGGUACUGGACGGCAACGCCAGCCUGCUGCACCUGGCUGUGGAGGCUGGGCAGGAGGAGUGUGUCAAGUGGCUGCUGCUUAACAAUGCCAACCCCAACCUGACCAACCGGAAGGGCUCCACCCCGCUGCACGUGGCCGUGGAGCGGAGGGUGCGGGGUGUCGUGGAGCUCCUGCUGGCCCGGAAGAUCAGUGUGAACGCCAAGGAUGAGGACCAGUGGACAGCCCUGCACUUUGCGGCCCAGAAUGGAGACGAGUCCAGCACACGGCAGCUGCUGGAGAAGAACGCUUCUGUGAACGAGGUGGACUUUGAGGGCCGGACGCCCAUGCACGUGGCCUGCCAGCACGGGCAGGAGCACAUCGUGCGGAUCUUGCUACGCCGCGGUGUGGACAUGGGCCUGCAGGGGAAGGGUGCCUGGCUGCCUCUGCACUACGCUGCCUGGCAGGGCCACCUGCCCAUCGUCAAGCUGCUGGCCAAGCAGCCGGGGGUGAGCGUGAACGCGCAGACGCUAGACGGGAGGACACCCCUGCACCUGGCCGCUCAGCGGGGGCACUACCGCGUGGCCCGUAUCCUCAUCGACCUGCACUCCGACGUCAACGUCUGCAGUCUGCUGGCACAGACGCCCCUGCAUGUCGCUGCAGAGACAGGGCACACCAGCACCACCAGGCUGCUCCUGCAUCGUGGUGCCAGCAAGGAGGCGGUGACCACAGAGGGCUGUACCGCCUUGCACCUGGCAGCCCGAAAUGGUCACUUGGCCACCGUGAAACUGCUUGUGGAGGAGAAUGCUGAUGUACUAGCCCGGGGGCCCCUGAACCAGACUGCGCUGCACCUGGCUGCAGCCCACGGGCACUCAGAAGUGGUGGAGGAGCUGGUCAGUGCUGACAUCAUCAACCUGGCUGAUGAGCAGGGCCUCAGUGCACUGCACCUGGCCGCUCAGGGCAGGCACGCACAGACUGUGGAGACACUGCUCAAGCAUGGGGCCUACAUCAACCUGCAGAGCCUCAAGUUUCAGGGCAGCCAGGGCCCUGCAGCUACACUCCUCCAGCGCAGCAAGACCUAGCCUGCUGCCCCCAUUACUGGCGGUCUCUGUGGGCUUCUGACCCGUCAUUAAGGUCCAUGUGGGGAUAGAAGGAUGCCAUGCUGGGGACACUCCACUCACCCUGUUUUGGCUUUUGCAAAAACAUUGACAUAGUGGAGGCCAAUGGACGAGGCAGUGCAAGAACAUCAGCACAGGUGCUGCCCACUGGCACCAUCCCCUCUAUGUGAGGUUGUCUGAGGUCGGCUGGGCAGGCACUUGGCUGGUGACCCAUCUACCAACCAGGGCAUCUGGCAUCCAAAGGGAGGACGGGUUGGCAUCAUUGCGUUGUACUCUUAGUUGAUGGGCAGUCUUUAUGUGUCCCUGGUGACAAAGCUUGGGUGACGAUGUUCCCUCUGCCCAGGAUCGAGCCACCUCUGAUUGCUCAGAGAACGGGAGGAACAGUGUCUUCACAGUGUGUGGUCAGCAGAGCUGGUCUCGGGAAGCGUAGCGGGUUCUUGUGUAUGAAGAGCCUUCCAUAGAUGGCUGGCCAUCAGCUUUGCUGGGACCUGUUAAGGACGUUGUAGCUUUGGGCAGACAGUCUAGGCUGCAAGGGAUGACUACAAAGUGUUGGAAUUGGUUUGAAGAGCAAAGUCACCACCAUUUAUAUGCGAUCCAGGAGUCCUCCACUUGACCUCCUGGUGCCCCUCGCAGUGCGCGGUCAUCAUUGCCUAAGACAUGUUUGGAACUCGAGCUACGUGUGUAGAAAUCAUUUAAAAACUUGUUAUAGCUUCAGCUUUGGACUUGCAAGUGUUAACCUUGUUAGACAAACCGCUCGCCCAGCUUCUUCUGGCUCUCGCUUUUGGUGAGAUGGUUGCUCGUGCCCGGGACGCUUCCCGAUUUGGUGUCUCGGGCUUUUCUGACCUGCUCUGCAGUGACUCCUCAUGUGUCCCUGCUGUGGCCAUGGGGUGCAGCCCCAUGUAGGACAGUUGCACUCCUGGAUGUCAAUGAUUUGGUCAUUAACCUCAUUGCUUCACUGUGCUGUGUGUCCUCCAUGGUGCCUUCCGUGUAUUGUUACCGCAUAAAAGUUUGUAGCAGAAGAGACCUUGUGUAUAAACGUGCAGUGGCCUGGUGUAUGAUGCAAAGAUUGAUAUUAACAUACUGUGUACGUUAAUGUGAAUCCGUGGGCAAGUUACUUCUUUUCUAUGACAGAAAAUACCGAACUGUAGAACUGGCUAUGUUUUAAUACGCCUCUGCGUGCUCCCUGUAUAUAGAAGGAAGACAGGAGAGCUGUCUGAGAUCAAUA